AAAAACAUUAUUGGGUUUUCAUUAAUUCAUCUCCAAGAAAACGAAACAAAAUGGGUUUUGUUAACGAUCAAGAUCGGUUCUGUUCCACGUCUAAGCUUCCUCUGUUUUCAUAUCCAAUGAAUAACAGAGUAUAUGAAACUACUCCGGGGUUAGCUACACCUCCGGUUAAUAUCGCCGGAUCUGUUCCUUUUCUUUGGGAAGAAGCUCCGGGAAAGCCUCGUCGUAUUAAAAAACCGGCGAGGUCAAAUCAGAACGGUGUCGUGAGAUGUCUUGAGCUUCCUCCGAGGUUACUUUUGCCUGGAGAAUCUACGACGGUGAAUGAGCCUUCUCCGACUACUGUUCUUGAUGGUCCUUAUGAUUUACGUCGUCGUUCACUGUCGCUUCCGAGAUCAGCGGCUGUGAUUAGGAAGUUAAGAGGAGUUCCGGCGCCGGCGCCGGAGAAAGAACAGAGAUUAAUGCUUGGUGGGUCUAACCGAUGGGGAAGUUUUAGGAAAUGUAAAGAGGUGUCUGAGGGUAUAUUUGACUUUUCACGUUUUAGAGAUGACGGUUUUGAUUGCCGGAGGGAUUGGACCGGAGGAGGAGGAGUUGGUAACUUCGCCGGAGACGGCGGCACAAAAGCGAAACUUUAUAGAAUUAUAAAGAAAGGAAGCUUUUUUAAUCUCUCUCAUACAACAAAGUCAGAUUUCUGGGCAAGGGUUUACGAAGGGUUUAAGCAAGUGAUUCCAUGGAAGCGUAAGCAAGAGAAUUUGGAAAGAACAAACUCUUCCAUUGUUUAAAAUCGAAUCUCUUUAAUUCUAUAGUUUGAUAUACUAAUUAGUCUUCUCUUGUGUAUACUUUAUUAUUUAUACAAUCUCUCAAGGACACAUUUUAUAUUACAAUUUACAAUGACAAUUAGGAAUUUC